AUGAAGCGGAUCAGGGCCCUAGUGCUGGGGAAGAGCGAGAAGAUCGCGAAGAACAAGAAUCGCCAUCCCCACAAAGUGCAAAAAGCCAAAAAGAAAACUAAGAAAACUAAACGAGAAGAGCCAAGGCCCACUGAGUUCCUUUUGCCCACUGAGUUCGACCCUCCCGCUCGUCUGAGCCCCGCUCCAACCAUUCCUAUCGCACCCAAAGUGGGCGGGCGCUGCUAUCAGCUGCCUGCGGAGGACUUUGCUCGGGAGGACAUCGUUGAGCCGCCCACGGUAGAGCCGCUGAAGAACAAGCUGAUGACCCGCCACCUGAUGCCGAUGAAGUCGCGCCUACCGAAGCCAGCGCUGCCCCAGAACCCGAUGGGGCCCGUUUUUCUGCUACGUCCCAAGGGCUGCACCGACUCCCUACCCCAGGAGCUCGCUGGCAGCGCGAGCAAAGAAUUCGAGUCGGACUUUCGGUCCUUCGACUCCUCAUGGAACGGCGUGCUUGGCCGCUCAAAGUUCAGAGAUUCAGGCAGCGACGGAUUCAGGAGCUGGGCUGGGCUUGCGUCGGACGACGAUGGCAUGAGCUCGACCUCGGGUGAUUCGUCCACGCGGGCCGAGACGGAUGCGGAUACAAAGAGAAGCAGCGCUGGCGUGGGGAAACGGCCGCCGAGAUACAAGGGCCAGAGAAUACCCAGGCAGGGGGACUUUCGCAGCUACUUUGAGCUGGACGAGAUCUCGGUAAAGAUCCUGUGGACCGUGGCCCACUACCGGCCCAGUAGCGGUCUGCACGACCGAAUCCUGGACUACAUGGUGAAGUUCUACCACAGUCGGAACCCGGCCGAGGACGAGCUGAUCUUCCAGUGGUACCUACUGGAGGGCUUCUAUCCGCUGUUUUACCUCCUGGAGCGUCCGCUGGAGGAGCUGACACGGUCGUCCGACAAGCAGCUGGACACGGGGAUCCACGUGUUCAUUGAGAGCAGCCGCGACUCGCCCGCGGUGAGCACCACAGUAACCGAGCAAAUGGCCAAGUACAUGGUCUGCGCCUUCUACCGCGUCCUCUACCACUACGCCGUGGCCAUGGAAAUGGAAAUUCUGAGCCGCGGUCUGCUGCGCUGCCGCUUCGCCGUGAACGUGGUGGAGGUGUUCAUGGUGGAGCAGCGCAAGCGUCCGGUCGGGGGCACAGUCGACGGCUUUGAGCUGUACAAUUGGGCCCAGGUCCACGAGGGACGGCUCAAGUCGAUCCUGAUGGAGCCCCUGAGAACGGGCAUCGAGCGGGCCACACAGGCCGAGGCCAUGGCUGUGUGUGCGCACCCGAACAGCGAAUGCUACCACGAGUUCUAUGUGAACCGGCAGUUUCCGCGUCCCGAUUUCCUGGCCAUCAACUGCACCAGAGCCGGCAUUCGGCGAUGUUUCAGCAAGCUAACCGCAGAGACCGCGCCGCCCGAUGGCUUCGUGUGCCCCAUUCAGGGCUGUGGCGAGUACCUCAGCCCGAGUCUCGUGCUGUCGCAUUUCGUCACCCACCACUGCCGGCGCCUGGAAGAGCUCUGGAUGGGCGAUCGCAUGAUCUGCCUGUUCUCCCCGGUCAGCUAUCCGCCCCGGAUGUACUUCUGCACCAGCAUGCUGGCCAUACUGGACGGCAAGCACCGAUCGCCGCCGGCCCACCGGCCCCGCUACAUCCGCCAUGUGGCGCUGCCCACGCGUGAGCUCUACUUCGCGGACCACCACUUGGUGCUGGUGAUGUACGCCAGAAUAGACAAGAGCCAGCUGGGCAUUGAGUGCGAGACCAGCGACGAUUAUGGCACAGAAACCGAAGACAACACGGACAGCAUACCGUGGAUUGUGGCAAAGAAGGAAUCAUCUUCUUCGGCUGAUGAUCGGAAAGUUACGGAUGAGAAUGCUGCACGUUCUGUGCCCGAAUCUGAACCCGAACCUGAACCCGAACCCGAAUCUGAUGGCGAUAAUCAGCUGUAUGUGUUUUGGCUGAUGAGCCAUGACAAGCUGCCGCGGGAUAUGAAGGUGCGCCUCUACCUGUACGCGCUGGAGCGCGGUGUGGCUGGCUCAAAGCAUCAGAAUCUGCUCAAACCCAUUCGCAUGUCGAAGUUCAUCGAUGUGCCCGACAUGAUAAUGAACAGCGAGGACAGCUGCUUGAUCCUGGACCAUCCCACCAUGGCCUUUUUAACCGACAACUUCAAGGAUAUCAUGUAUGUGGAUGCGCGGCCGGUGUACGGGCAGCGAUACGAUGCCCGCGAGUCCAACGACGAGAUGUGGGUGGUGCAGCCAUAG